AUGCCAGGGAUGUGGGCAGUCGACAGCGGUGCGACGCAUCACAUCUGCAACGACAAAGCCAAGUUUGCAAGCCUGAAUGAGCGAGAGGAAGGCGAACUAUCAGUGGCUGAUGGCAGCAAGGCUGCGAUCAAGGGUGUGGGAACCAUCAUGGAACGGGUGGUUCUGCCCAAUGGUGACGAACGCGACAUCGAGAUCAAGGACGCACUGUUCGUACCAAGUAUGAGCAAGAAUCUGCUUUCGGUGCCACAGAUCAACAAGGGUGGCAGGUUCCAAGUCGUGUUCGAUGGAUCCAAGAUGUAA